GUAUAAUCCUCUUAAUCCUUCGCCAUAAAGUCCACGAAACCGGCCUCAUCCAUGGGAGGUGACAGCGUGGACCGGCUGCUCUGCGUCCUGCGGCGUCGGCAUACAGACCAGGAGUGUGUUUUGCAUGCGUCUGUUGUCCGUCGACCAGCAGGAUAUUCUGACCGUUUCAGAGGACGAAUGCAGAGAAUUCAAACCUCCCAUCCUGCAACCCUGCAACCAGGUGGACUGUCCCACAGCCUGGGAGACUGAACCGUGGCAGCAGUGCUCCCAGUCCUGUGGUGGGGGGGUCCAGGUGCGGAAGGUCUACUGUAAGCAGCUCCUGUCCACCGGGGCUUAUAGCAGGCUGGGAGACAGGGCAUGCUGGGGUGCCAAACCUGCCACUAACAGAGGCUGCAGCAGCACUGACUGUCUGCCCUACUUGGCAGGAGGAGAAUGGGGAAAGUGCUCGGUGUCUUGUGGUUUGGGGAUCCAACGUCGGGAGCCGCAGUGUCGCCAGCUGACAUCCAUGGGCCACCUGGUGACGCUGUCCAGGGAUCUGUGCUCAGGGUUGGCCUCCCCACCGCUCGUACGAACCUGCCGCAUGAUGGCCUGUCCCAAACACAAGAAAGAGAUGAGACCCAAAGAGACCCAGAAGGUUCCAGUGAAGAACCAAGUCAGGCAGACGGUGAGACGUCCACCGAAGGCCCGGGGCUAUGAGUUCGGGGUUAAACAGUGUCCACUGCUGAUGGGUGUGCACCAAAUCUACAUCCAGACCCGCAAGGAGAAGCGCCUCCACCUGACCGUCGGCGGCCACGCCUACCUCCUGCCCAACACCUCCCUGGUCAUCAAAUGCCCCGUCAGAAGGUUCCCCAAAGCCUACAUCCACUGGCUCAAAGACAGAGAACCCCUCCCCAGCUCCAAACGCCUGGGCGUCACCAAAUCCGGCUCUCUGAAGAUCCACUUCCUGUCUGCGGAGGAUGUCGGGGUGUACAAGUGUGUCGCCGGACCCGCCUCGGACAUCUUCACCCUCCAGCUGAUAGGCGGUGACAGCAGGUUGACAGCAGGCAGACUGUCCACCGCCAGUCCUCGUCCCAACUGGGAGGACAUGCUGCCCAGUUGCCACAGACACUCCUCGGGCUUGGAGCCGUUCUGGCCUGGAGUUAGUGUGUCUCUGCUGCCCUCUGGUGGCCAGGAGGCCUCGCUGCAGCCACGGGUGGAGGAGAGGCUGAUUAACAUCACCCUGCAGGCUGACAGAGGAGAGAUCCAACAGGAACAGGCCUCAGAACUCAUCUCCUCGCUGCUGACACACAUGUCUGCUGCCCAGCUCUGGACCAGGACUACAGAGGGACGAGGACAAACUAAAGACAGACUGCCCAACUGGUCUGAGCGCUCUCCACUGGAGACAGUCGCGACUCAACCAGUGAUCGUCAGACGGCAGCAGACCCUCCCGCUGACUUUCCAGAAGAACAUCAACAUCAGCGUCGGACACAGCGGCCUCCUCACCAACACUACCCGAUCGCUGACCAUACUCUGUCCUGCAGACGGCUCCCCGCCUCCCAAAAUCAGCUGGACCAAAGAUGGAGCUCUGCUGCAGCACACUGACAGGGUCUCCUGGGACAGCUCGGGAGGACUCCACAUCCUUCAGCCCAGAGCGUUUGACAGAGGCCUGUACAAGUGCACGGCUGUCAACACACACGGCUCAGACUCCGAGACAUCUCAGCUACUGGCGGCAGAGCCACCAGCCAUCACGGUGUCAUGGAGGAAUGUUUCAGACCUCGGGGUGGUGUUGGGCCACAGCUUGAGGACCACGGUUGGGGGACGAGUCAGUGCUCGCCAAGGCGCCAACCUCACUCUGGACUGCCCCGUCACCGGCGUUCCUCAGCCCAAAGUGACGUGGAACAGAAAGAACGGACCUUUAGAUGCCGGAGCUGUUUCUCUGCCGUCUGGCUCGCUGUGGAUCAGAAAUGUUUCUCUACACAACCAAGGCACCUACUCCUGCAUCGCCAUUAACGCCAUAGGGAAGUCCACCGCUUCUACUGUCCUGCAGGUCUACGGUCCGUACCCUGCUGGAGGAAGCAGGAUCGUUCCAGUCUCACAAGAGCUGAACAGGAGAAGGGUCCUGAUGGCGUCACACCGGGGAACGAGUGUCUUUAUCAAGCCUGGAGACAUUCUGCGUAUAGGUUGUCCGGUCGUUCCUGACCACAAACUGCCGGUACGGUGGGACUACAACAACCAGACCCUGAAGGAGGUUUCAGGUCCAGCCCAGACUCAAACCCAGGGCCCUGGUCCGGGUCGGGGUCUGCAGUACAGGAUGUUGGUGGGAGGUCGUGUCCUUGAGGUCAACACGCUCCAGGUGAAGUUCUCAGGCCGGUACCGAUGCCAGACCCUCAUCAACAGUACCAGACAAAUGCUGUCUGCCUGGAUACAUGUUCACACUGAAGGGUUCGGCUGGCGUUUUGGAGACUGGACCACAUGCAGCGCUUCCUGUGGGAACAGAGGGACUUGGCUGCGGAGGAUUCACUGUGUCACUCUGGACGGAAAGGAUGUUCAGCCUACCAUGUGUCAGCACAUCCCAAAACCCAUCACUUCCCCAGUCCCCUGCAACAGACAGGACUGCUCUCCCAGGUGGUUGGUAUCAGAGUGGUCAAAGUGUUCAGUCUCAUGUGGCAGCGGCUGGAAACGGAGGCAGGUCUCCUGUCAGCAGCUGGAUUCCAGAGGUGCUGUGAGGACUCUGACAGCAGCUGCCUGUGAGAGGACGAGCCAGCCUGCAGACUCUGAGCAGUGCACCGCCAACAACUGCCCAACCUGGGUAACCAGUUCAUGGGGAAAGUGUUCAGGGAGGUGUUUAGGCCCCACCACCACCGUACAGAAGAGAUCUGUCAGCUGCCAACAUACCAACGGCUCCUCGUACUCAGACUGUGAUCUCAGGGACAGGCCUGCGUCAGUACGCAACUGUUCCUCUGACCUGUGUGAUGUCCAGUGGCGUCCCGGUGCGUGGCGGGCGUGCACGGUGGUCUGUGGGAGCGGCUUUCAGUCCCGCAGGGUGGACUGUGUUCACCGCAGGAGCGGCAGGACUCUGGCCGACCAGCACUGCAACUGGCUUCCACGGCCCUCCACCUGGCAGCACUGCAACACCACCACCUGUGGGAGUGAAUGCAAGGACACCACCCAGUACUGCAGUGUGGUGAAGAGACUGAAGCUGUGCUACCUGGAUAUGUACAAGCAGAGAUGCUGUGGGUCCUGUUCACAGGAUCCGGACUCCACCUAGUGGCAGCGAGCACUUAUAACACCACACUAUUUUGUAUAAAACAGAUGGACUAUAAAGUACAUGAGACAAACGACGGAGCAAAUACUGAAAAGACAUCGUCUGUGAGUGGAUGCUUCAAGAAGAACUGCACAUAUUUAAAGUGGACAAGCUUCAGUCCAAAUUAUGUCCCUUCCUGAGAGGAACCUGAACUGAGCCUCAAAAGGCUGGAAGGACGACGGGGCUUUAUUUUCUGAUUUGGACCCAACCUCCUAAUAUGAAGACGAGUGUUCACUAUGUGGAUCAAAUGGAGUUUUUGUUUUGGACUUUCCGGUUUAGUUUACAGACAUUCAUUCAUUACAUAUUCCUUUUUUGGCAGCCCGGCCAAAUUUAUAGUAGAAUGCGUCCCACUGCUCUCAUGUAAACAAGACUUAUUGUCCUUUAUUAGAUAUGAGUUAUCGAUGAGGUUUAUCAAAACAGCAGCUAAAAACAGCCGUGAAUUAUUGUAGUCAUACUUUUACACUCUCUUACAUACUAGUAAACAUUUUCUUUAUUUAUUUGUGUAAUUGUUCAAAAGUGUUUUUUAAAAAAAUUAUUCAUAUAAAAUAUCAAAGCCAAAUUCCAGUUUAUUACAACUUGGGUCUAUUUUUCAUUGUUUUGAUCAUAAUUUCUACUCUUUACCGAAUUGCUGGGAGCUACGGAAGCCCUGAAAGGCAAGCACGAUUUUUUUUUUUCUAAGUCUGAUCUAAAUUAUUUUGUCUCCUGUGUUUAUGACUUAAGAACAGGUGGGACAAAAUGUUUUUCCAGGAUAAUUUUUCGACGUUACUUUUUUUGGUCUGUGAAAAAGGUAAAAAUAAUCUUUUUUUAAGCAGAUUUUUCUAAGUAACUUUUUAUUGCCUCUUAGGGCAAACAGGUAGAAGAAAAAAAAUGUUUUAGGCUGAUUUUACAAAAAUAACAGCUUCAAUCCCAGAGGAGCUACGUUAGCCUUAAAUCUCACUCGGAAGAAAACCUGAAUGCUUAGUCCUACUUUGAACAUGGGGUAGUGGUGCCCCCUGGUGGUCGAAAUAAGUAUUACAACAACAAACACUUCAGCCUUAAUAGAAAGUAACUUGGAAAGAUUAUCCUGGCAAAAAAAAAAAAAACAAUUCCACCUGUUCUUUAAGUCAUAAACACAGGAAAGAAACUAAUUUCGAUCAGACUUAGAAAAUGGAUCUCCAGAAAAAAAUAAAAAUUCUCGCUUGCCUUUCACGGCUUCCGUAGAGAUCUGGCAACACAGCAACUUUAUUGCUAUACGAUAAGCCAGACAGUUUGUAAACAGGCCGUACUGUCUAAACCACUUUAUUUGGAGGUAAAAACUGAAAGUGAGUGCACCUCAUAAUAAGACUCAAAUUGUAGUAAACCGAAACUACCCUUUAAUCUAUUCCUGGCUUUCCCUCCCAUUAAAUGGGUACAAUAUGUCGCCUUGCUUUAAAGAGCUGCUAACCCCAAGAUCAUUUCUAUAGCAUAGGUUCCAGUGUCCCACAUGUUUUAGAGUCUUGUGAUGCUGCUUCAAAGGCUUUUCCAUCCUGAUGAGUUCAAACGUUUGGUAGACACACACUGAAUUCUUGUUCUUCUUUGACAUGAAAAUGAUCCGAUUUAAAGUCAUACGUCAUAUUCCCAUUUUACCAACAAACUUCUUUUUUUUUUUUUACUUUGAGCACAAAAUUAAGUUAUUUGUCAAAAAAAAAAAAAAAAGGCAAACAGUGUGGCUGAUCAUCUUAGUCAGGAAAUGAUUCAAAUAAAUAUGAAAUAUCAGAGGAAUGCCAAAAUACACUGGAGGGGGGCUCUUUUUUUGUUCCAGGGUGGGAUUAGCCAUUGAGACGAACAUAGUAAGGAUAAGGGUAACCGGUUGGUUACGGUUAGAGGUUACGAUCACAAACUUCAGUCUUCUGCAUAAAAAGUCAGAUGCGCUUCACACUCAUCCACCACUCCUCUCAACCUCCACGUCCCUUUCUUUACCGCAUUUAAGGACAGAAUGCUUCUUGCAUUGGCGCCGAACUUUGGCACAAAUCACGUGCUGCAGAACCAUCAUCCAUUAUGAACAUAAUAAAAUUUCUAGGCUGGUGAAACCCUCAUUUACACAGAAUCUAGUGGUGGAAGUCUUGUAUUUAAUUUAUAAUAGCGAUGUCAGGUCGUACAUAAAAUCCUUAAAAGACCAUUCACAUGUGUGAAGGUACCGGGUUGUGAUUGUAGUCACAUAUCACUGAUGAGAGAAAGAGAUAUAGCUGCUGCUGUUGGUGGAGCUUCAGUUGUGAGAAUUCAUAUCCACAUAAUUCAUCAACGCCACUCUUAUGAUUCUCGACCACGCCAGUACCGGAGGUUUUGUAAAAUAAUUGCGAUGUUACGUGUGAAGAACGUGUUUGCUCAUUGAGGCAAAACUGACUGUAGAGUGAGAGAAACAUUGAUUUUGACUGAUGGGUCUACUCAUGUUAUCUUUGUGUUGGGUUAUCAUACCGAUGUGCUGCAUUGUAAAAUGUGUUGUAUAUACUGUGUUCUAAGUGCAAUAUCGUAUAUUGAGUGUAUGUAGAUUGUGUGCGACUAUUAUUUUCUUACUUAUUAUUCAAGUGUCUUUUUAACUCCUUGUUGAAGAUCGUUAGAGUAUAAAGCACGUGUAUAUGUUGAUUAGGUGGUUAUGUUUGCUACCACUCACCUGGUUUUAUUUGCAUGUGUAUAAACGCAAAUCUCCGAUGUUUUAUUAGCUCCGAUGUGAAACGCCACGCGGUGGGUGACAUGCAUUCUUCAGUGUUUCCCCCGUCUACUGAUGGCUGUACAACACAGUAUAUAUCUGAUGUUUUGGCGUUACACUGCUUUUGGUCUCGCAGCUUGACUGAGGGAAUUAUGAGGUCGUACAACAAAUCAUUUAAGUGCUUUAGAUAACAUGGCAAAGGAAUAAAGACAGUUUGAUCACUUCAU